GACAAGGACAAAAUUUGUUUUGGGUGCUAGACGUGGAUGAAUUAAAAGCAGUUGACCAUUUAGCAAAGUCAACAUGGGAAUAUUAUUGGUCAGGUCUCAGUCAAACAGAAAGCUGGUUGACGGCUAAUGAGGCAUUGUGGAGUCACUCAAAUGAAACUGUACCAUUGGAAGAAGUUGUAUGGGAAGAUGACCAGCCAGAUACAGGGAAUGGAAAAUGUGUUUAUGCUAAAAAGAAUGGAUAUGGAACAUUUGGAAAUUGUUUGCGAAAACUACCAUUUAUUUGUAAAUCAGAGGCUGUUCUUAAAGAUUAUUUCCGCUGUAGAAGUGGAGAAGGAAUCCAGUCCAAAUUUGUCUGUGAUGAUCACAAUGACUGCAAGGAUAUGUCAGAUGAAGCUGAUUGUGCCAGUAGAUGUCAUCAUGUGAUUAAUGCAGAAUAUGGAUCAACAGAUACAAAGCCUUCAGGUUUUAUUGUCAACACUAACAACUACCUGAACUCUAGAUCCUGUUUUUGGUCCAUUGUAACAAACAUUGGAUCAACAAUUAGAGUCCAGGUAGAUACAUUCAAUACUGAAAAGAAUGCUGAUGUCGUAGAAUUUAGAACUGGUGGAAGAGAGGGAGAGAUUUUUUUGGCUGAGUUAACCGGCAAACUGGCAGUAAAUAAUCAGCCAGUAUAUUAUUCCUCAGAUAAUGUGUUUAAUAUUAGACUAGUGACAGACAACACAUUUCUACAAUCUGGAGGGUUCAGAAUUUCCUGGACAACAGAUGUCCCAGAAGUUUUUAAUGAUGUAAAAAUGUUAACAGCAACAACCUCAGUGCAGCAUUUGAAAUCGCCUUUUUAUGAUACUGGAAACUUCCCUCAAGAGAAAGUUUUUGAAUGGAAAAUUACUGCUGAUACAAACAAUGUCAUUACUUUGGAGUUUGAGAAUCUGGAUAUAGGAAAAGAUUCGAAGCUGUACUUGUGGGAUCAGGAUGAUAUUUCGUUGGACCCAACCUUAGACGGUGUCAGUGCCUUCAAACCAAAACAUUACAUCUCUAAAUCCAAGUCCAUUAGAUUGAUGCUGAUCACUGGAAGAGAAGAAGCUCCAUUUCCUAAAGGAAUAUAUAUCAAAUACUGGGAAGGUUGCAGCAUAAGUUACAUGUCAAAAGAAGGCACCAUUCAGUCUCCAGGGUUUAUUGGUGAUAGUUACCCAGAAAAUGUUGUUUGUACAUGGACUAUACAACGACCAACAUCAGAAACAAGGACAAUGGCUCUCAGAUUUAAUAUGUUUGAUCUCCAGGCAGAACAAGAUUACUUAAAGAUAUAUAAUGACACAAAUGAAAUGUUGCAUACUGGUGAAGGAUUUACAGGGACUACUGAUCUGACAAAUAACUUUGAAGUUAGAUCAACUAAUGGAUACAUCAAACUGGUAUUUACUACAAACUAUGUCCUGACAGAUAAAGGAUUUGAAGCUGAAUUUUCUUUAGAUUGUGCAGAAUUAGCUGUAUCCGAAGAAACACAUCAUAUCUCAACGUCAGGAUAUGAAACGAGCUUCAUGAAUACAAUAGAAAUGAGUUGUGCUGAUGGUUAUUCAUUUGUGAAUGAUGGUCGUUCCAAUGUCCAUUUCAUCAAAUGUGAGAAAGGCGGAGAGUGGAAUGAAACAAGGAUUCCUAACUGCAUGAUUACAUAUUGUCGAAUCCCCCCAGCAGUAGAUAACGGAAAAAUUGUGGAGUCAUCUGGUGUAAAAGUUGACAACAAUGUUACAUACAAAUGUAAUGACGGCUUUACUAUGAUCGGGGAACCAGUUAUAAAAUGUCUGCAAGACGGAAACUGGGAAGUUCCACCAAGAUGUACAGCUGCUACGUGUCCUGAUCUCAUAACUCCUGAAAAUGGUGGCAAAGAAACACUGGUUGGAGAUGCAGAUGGGAGAGACUUUGCCUCUGUAGUCCAGUAUGUUUGUGAUCCUGGCUAUGAGACGUAUGGAAAUGUAACAACAUAUUGUCAGACUGGUGGAAAGUGGUCACAUGAUCCUCCUACUUGUAAAAAAAUAAGUUGUCCAAUGCCAAGAUUUCAAAGGGGAAAUCUGAACCCCAAUGAUACACUGAAAUUUGAAGCUGAAACAACUUUGACUUGUGACUCUGGAUUUGGUAUUAAUGGGACGGAGACAAAAACACAGGUUUUGACGUGUGAGAGUGAUGGCAGACUUUCACCAUAUGUAGCAUGUUUAGAUGUGGAUGAAUGUAAUGGCACAAUUGUUUCUCCUUCGCCUUGUCCUGAUACUGAGGAUUGUCACAAUACCAUUGGAAGUCAUAUGUGUACAUGUAAAGAUGGUUAUGAAAGAAUAGGAAAUGCUGCAUGUUCAAAUAUAAAUGAAUGCAGUAGUAAUAAUGGUAUUGGACCUUGUCAUCAGAGAUGCACAGAUUCAUCACCGGGAUAUACAUGUGGUUGUAAUGAUGGGUUUGUACUUUAUACUGCGGAAGGAAUUAGUAAUAUCUCUCUUGCUGAUGGUGAAAAUGGAGAAAAAGAGGGAGAUGUAUAUUAUAUCAAUCAUACUUGUGUCAGGAAGCAGUGUCCAGUUCCACCUCCUCUUACUAAUGGACAAGUUUUGUCAAAGAAGGAGUUAUUCUUCUUUCAGGAUUCAGUUGAAUUCACCUGUGACCAUGGAUAUAAAUUGAGUACCACAAACAGCAAACUAGACUGUCAAUCAGGUGGAAGUUGGUCAAAUAGCUUACCUAGCUGCCAAAUGGCAACUUGUCCUACUCCAACUACGGGGUCAAUUGAACGAUCAACUAAUAUAUAUCCAGCUGGGCCCACUGUUGACUAUAAUAAAGAAGUGAAUAUAGAAUGUCAGUAUGGAUCAAAGAAGAUGAACAGGACAUUGUAUUGCUCUUACAAUGUCAUGAAUAGUGAAUAUGAGCUUCUUGGAGAUGCACAAGAAUGUCCAGAAAUAGACUGUGGACAGCCUGAGGAAGUUCCAGGAAGUAUGUACUCUGGACUGACUAACACUACUCUUAAUUCUUCUUUCACUUUUGAAUGUAAUUCUGGUUUUGAAAGAUCAGGCAUGUCAUUGGAUGUGAAUGGUAUAUAUACUGUGAGUUGUCAGGAAAAUGGAAGAUGGAAUAUAGGAAAUUUGACUUGUACAGGUGGAAGAUGUAAAGAUCCUGGCACACCUGGUGGUGCCAUGCAAGUUGUUACCAGUUAUGAAGUGGGUCAAAUGGUAUACUUUAAAUGUAACAGUUCUGGCUAUUUUCCUGAGCCUCCACAGCCUUUGGAGUGUGUAGUAGAUACUACUACAGGGAAUAUAACAUGGAACGCCACUGCAGAAGAUGGUUCAGCAGAUUUACCUGAAUGUCUUGAUAAAACAGCCCCAGUUUUCUCCAACUGUCCUUCCGAACUUAUUUAUGUUGACAAAACAGAAGAAUACACAUACCAAGUGUUAACAGCUAUGGAUAAUUCUGGUGCUGUAAAGAAUAUACACAAUCCUGGAGGGUACUGGCCAAGUGGACUCCGAACUAACUCAGAUAUUGACAUAACUUACACUGCUGAGGAUUUCAGUGGGAAUAAAGCAGACUGUGUUAUUAAGAUUAGAGUGAAAGAUUAUGCAAAGCACGAAUUGACAUGUCCACAGAAUAUAACCAGACACAUUGAUACAGCAACUGGAGAAAUCUUCAAUGUCAGUGAUGUUGUGUCAGUUACACCUUCAGAUUCUGAUUUAACCUUUACAUUUAAUCCUGGAGAAUUAAUUACCUUGGAUCAUACAGCAAUGGCAGAGCAGAAGAAAGUAGUUGUCACUGCAAUUGAUAAGUGGGGAGCUGAGGACCAAUGUUCAUUUUUUGUAGAAACUAAAGCUGAUGCAUGUUUUAAAGAGUCUUUCCCAGUCAGUGUAUCAAAUGCUGCGCCGGUGACCUGUACUUCUAGUAACAUCAGCUGCACAGUUACGUGUAAUAUUGGAUUUGUGUUCUUUGAUGGCAACACAACAAAGAAAUAUGACUGCACUGGACAAAACAUGUGGAUGCCAGCUUUACCACCAGAUACAUGCAUAAGUAUAACAAUAGUGCAUAGCUAA